AUGUCAUUUGAUGCAUAUGCUUGAGGAUAAUGAUUGCUUAUAUCCCCCUAAUAUAAAAUCCUUGUUUUUUUGAGGUACUCAGUUGAAUAGAAUAGUACAUCAUUGGGCUAAAAGGCAGCAAGAACUCCAAGAGCACUCAAAGCAGCUGGCCUUACAAAAAAUUAAUUUUUCUUCAAAAAAUUCACAAGAAAAAUCAAGGUAUGGCUCGAUAAAAAUUUCUCAAAAAGAUGCACCUGUAGAAGAAUUGCGCAUGAUGCUGCAUCUUGGUCAAGAAGAAAUACAAGAUAUUACGUCAGCUUUAAGUCUGGAAAGGAAAAAAAACUAUGAAAUUGAAAGUCAGCUGCAGGUUUAUAAAGACCGCUGUGAAGACUUGGAGAGGACAAAUCGAUCUUUGACGACUUUAUUGGUGGAAAAAGACAAUUUAGUGAGUAAAUAUGUCGCUGAGCUGGCACUUUUUAAGAAUUUUAAGCCUUCACAAGGAAAAAUUAGCAUGAUUUCUGAUUUGGCGGAUAGUAUAAAUUUAGAUGAAGAAGAUGUCAGCGAAGAAUGAACAGCCCAAAUCAUUCAUCAGCCAGUUGGGAAAAAAAUAAUUGAUUUUUCUAGUGUAAAGCAGCCGAAUUUGCUUGAUCGAGAAAUUAUUAUACAAGAUGAAAUUGAAUUUAAAAAAUUAAAAAGGGCUCUUCAAGAAACACAGGAGCUUUAUAGGGCGACUUCUGAGCAGCUAAAAGAAAAAUCAGAUAAAUGCGACAGGCAAGAAGAAGAACUUGCUGCUCUUAGAGCCAAACUUCAAGAAACAAGAAAUGAUUUUAAUUCGCUUUCAUCACAAAUUCUCACUCCCCAUAUGCUUGAUUAGCAACACCAUUUAAAAUUUCCUUAAAAAUUGAAAAUUAGCCCAAAUCUUGAUCAAACAAUUUUCAUAUAGUCAAGAUUGAAACCAUUCCUCUACCCAUCUCAAAUUUAACUGCUAUGUAUAAUAGCAUAUGGGCAAUUGCAAUACGAUUUCUAGUGUAUUUGCUAAUAUUUAUACUCUAUCUUUUGCAUAAAUACUUUUAUUCGGGAAAAAAUUUGAUAAAAAAUUUUUAUGUUAAUAAAAUUUACUUUUUAUCAAAAAUUUUACCCAUCAAUGAUCGAUGGGAUAGAUUUGAUCAAGUACGAGGGAGUUAGACAGUCAAGUGAUAGAGAUUAUCAAUCAAAAAGCAUAUUAGUGGAAUUGGAUGAAUUAAGAGCUAAAAAGUCUGACUAUGAAAAUGAGCUGAAGAAGCUAGAAAAUCGAUACAAAGCAAGCAUUGAACAAUUUGAGUCAGAUCUCGCAAAUUCCCGAGAAAGAUUUCUCAGUCUUUUGGACAGCAAAACUAAAAUUGAGAGUGAAAUUUUGGAAUCAAAAAUCGAAAAAAGAGAACUGCAAAAUCAGCUGCAGGUAAAAGAUACCGCCAUAAGUGAAAUGAGUGCAACGAUACAAAGCUAUGAAAAAGAGAUCUCCUUCCUAAAAAAAAGUUUGAGCUUGAAUGGGAAAGAUAUUUCUAAAAUAGACCAAUCAACAGAAGAAUUACUGUCACUUGAAAAACUUAAUCAUUCACUUAAAGAAACAAUAAAAAAUUUGGAAAAUAAAGAAAAACAUCAUUUGGAAGAAAUUGAAAACCUUAAAGAAAAAAUCGAAAUAUAUGAGACUGAACAGAACCAUGAAGCCAAAGUAGACGAAAAUGUUUCUCAGCAGACCUUGCAGCAGCUUUCCUAUAUAAUUUUAUCAAAAGAUAAGGCAUCAUCGCUAGAUUCCUCUUCAAGCACUAUAAUUAAGCAGGUUUUCGGAGACAAUUGUAUGAAGCUUAUAGAGAAUUAUGAAGAAAUGCUACAAAACCUGCAGGCAGAUAAACAAACGCUAAGGGAUAGGCUAAAUUAUGAAGUUGAGCAGCGAGCGCAUACACUUGAAGAGGUAAAAGGGCUGCUUGAAGUUAUGUUCCGUUUAGAUAGCAACAACAGAGAAGUGGAAUAUAAAAUCAAAGAGGUCUCUGAUGAGCUUUUCAGCGUAAGAAACCAGCUUUCUGACGAUGUUUUAGUAUCGCCUAAGCAUGUCCAUAAUGUUUUCUCCUUUAGAGACUCUGAAGAAAAACUUAAGCGAAGACUGGACCAGCAAUUAAACGAGACAAAAGAGUUGGAAAGAUUAAAGACAAGUCUUGAGCAACAAAAAUCCGAGAAGCAUCGGGCGUUGGCCGAAAAAGAACAAUAUAGAGAAGAUCUUGCUCAAAGCAUCCUUAUUAUAGCAGAGCUUAAAGAGAAAAUUUCGAUGAUAGAAGGCACUGCUCAGAAUUGCGACUUAAUUGGAUUCUUACAAUGUGAGGCAGCUGCGUUUGAAGAUAUAGAUAAUUCCUGGGGAUAGCGCGGAAUACGCUAUCCCCAGGACCAACCCGGGAUCGGAUUCACACAUGGAACGGGAGUUCCAUGUGUGGAUCCAUUUUUUACAUGUGAGAUAUUUACUUUCACGUGUGAAAAAUGGAUCCACACAUGGAACCCUCGUUCCAUGUGGGAUCCGAUCCCGGUUGGUCCUGGGGAUAGCGUAUUCCGCGCUAUCCCCAGGAAUUUUCUAUAUAUUUGGUGAGAACCAACUAGCCGAAGAAAGCUUUUCUGAGCUUUAA